AGACCAAAGACUUGACCACGCACCUAACACUACAAUGGCUGCCCCGCUCCGCUUUGUUGCCAUCUCCGGCUCCCUCCGCGCUGCCUCCACCAACACGGCGCUCCUCCGCCACCUCACCAGCAUUGGUGCUGAGCACGGUGCGCAGGUUGAAAUCGCCGACAUUUCGGGCUUUCCUGUCUUCUCGCAGGACAUCGAGGCCGACGGCUUGCCGGCCGACGUGACCGCCCUUGCUGAGUCCAUCCGUGGCGCCGACGGCGUCAUCUUUGCCACUCCCGAGUACAACUACUCGAUCGCGGCACCGCUGAAGAACGCCAUCGACUGGAUCUCGCGCGCCCGCAACGAUGAUGGCGUCCAGCCGUUCUCGGGCAAGCCAGUGGCCAUCGUCGGCUCUGGCGGCGGGAUGCGGACUAUGCGCGCGCAGAACCAUCUGCGCCAGGUCGGUGUCUUCCUCAACUUUAAGGCCUUCAACGGCGAGUUUGGCGUCAACUACUUUGCCGAGAAGAUCUUUGACGACGAGGGCAACAUCGUGGAUGAGGCCACUCAGAAGCGCCUCGCUGAGCACCUCGCCGGCUUUGUUGAUUUUGUCAAGGCGUGAGGGCGUCUUCCAUGAUCGCUGCCACCGGCUACGGCUGCAGCUCGUUAAAUCCAACACUCUUCUCCGAGUGCACCACAACCGAGAACGCGCCCUCCUGACCCGGCUUGAACGUUGUCGGCACGACGACGUACUUGCCCGGUGCGAGAUGGGUCUCCAAGUUGACGGUCCGGAGGUUCGAGUACUGUCCCGAGGUGGCCAGCCGGUCGCCGGCGCGGAGGCGGCGCGGAUCGAUGCGUCCGCCGCACGGCUACACUCCAGGC